AUGAAGCGGAAACUAUAGAUUUAACUAUGAAUUCUACAUCUGAAAUUGAAUCUGAAGCAACCUCUAUUGAAUUAAUUCAACCAAUUGCUAAAGAAGUUCUAUCAUCUAAAAAAACUAAAGAAAUUGCACCAC